ACAGGAUGAAUCAGCAGGUCUCCGUCGUUCUUUUUUUCAUUUCUCUCACUGGAGGUUAUUCUCUCAAGUGUUACUCCUGCACAUCUCUGUCAGGUUCCUGUGAAGUAAAAGAGCAGACAUGUCCAGGUGGAGUUUCUCAAUGUUCAAGCACUACGGGGGAACAAUCCAUCGGUUCCUCUAAGGUGUCCGUCAUAAUUAAAGGGUGCUCAUCUGAAUGUGUACCAGGGACUCUAACACUACCAGCUGGAGGGACAGGGACUAUGAGCUGCUGCAACACUGAUCUUUGCAAUGCCGCAGAUGGUGUGUAUAAGGGAAGCUUCCUCUUGCUGGUGUCUCCUCUGCUCUUCUACUUCCUGUUUCAGUGAGUCCAGCUGAACUUCAGAUUUUACAGCAAAGACCAUCAAACAAACUCAAUAUGAUACACAAUCUGAAUAAAGCUUGUUAGUGGCUCUGCUGUUCUUUGGU